CGGUUGUUUUCCUGAGCACGUCUUAUUUGAGAAAAGGCUGUAUAUGGCGCAUUCUAUGAUGUCAAAAUGCUGUCCAGCUAUGCUCACAGGGGUUUUAGACUGCCACUGUAAAAGGGGGAAACUUGAUGAAAUUGUAUGUAAGAGGGGCGUCAUUAGGGUGGAGAGUUCAUGUGAGGUAAAUGGGUUUAAAAGCUGCGAUGCUGGCAAGACGCCACUCAACAUACUGUAUCUCCGUUACUGCACAGUUAAACUUCUCAUUAUUGUAUCUAGCAUUCACGAGUAACUAUAUAAACAGAGGACUUUUAUACUAUGUUUUGUUUAUUCGUAUACUUAGGUCUACAUAUUCUUUUACUAAAUAUUUUUAAUAAAACGUAUUUUUUUCCCUCUUAGUUCAAAAUGUUAAGCUUACAGGAUAACAUUUCUUUGACAACAAGUACUGCUGUAUGCUGGGUUGUGUUGCAUUUGAACAAAUUUCGAAGGUUGAACGUUAAUUGAGCUACAAGAGUAGGCCAAUUCACAGUUAUUGCAAACUGAAGAAUUUACAUUUCUAAAAUUGUUUAUGUCAUAGUUUGCAAUGAAGUGAAAUCGUGUUUUAUUUUUUUUUUUAACCAUACUUUGUUAUGCAAUGCAGACAAGGUCCUAUGGAUUAAAUCAUUAAUGAAUCCAUGGAUGUUCAAAUUUAAGUCUUCAGACUCUCAUGUGAUGGCUUGAGUUUAUGAUUCAUUCUCUGUUUUCUUGUUGAAAAUCAUAUGAUUCAUAAUUGAUUUAUGCCAGUUAAAGGUUGUGUGGAAUGGAUGGAAGAACUGAAGUUGAAUUUAGUGAGGCUGGUGUUCUGGCUAAGACGUAUAUAAAAAAAGGCUUGCUGUUGCCUGACCAUGUUAUGACCCGCCUUCUUCUGCCUAGACUGGAGGAGAUAACCACAUACAGUUGGGUUCUGGAUGGGUUCCCUCGAACUUUAACUCAGGCUGAAGCCCUGAACAGUGCCUGUGAUCUGGAUGUAGUCAUCAACCUCAACAUCCCUCUGGAAACACUGAAGGAUAGGCUGUGUCAUCGCUGGAUACACCCAUCUAGUGGGAGAGUCUACAAUAUGCACUUCAAUCCACCCCGCGUUCAGGGGCUAGAUGACAUCACAGGAGAGCCACUGAUACAACAGGAGGAUGACAGACCAGAGGCAUUGGUUGCCAGACUGAGACACUACAAAGAUAUUGCCAAACCUGUCAUAGACUUAUAUAAGGCUAAAGGCAUCCUAUACACAUUCUCGGACACAGAGACAGAUCGUAUCUGGCCGAACAUCAACACACUGCUCAGCACUAAGAUUCCAACCCUCCAAUCAGAUGCUCGGUGUGCCUCAACUCACUCUGAAAUCCUCUGACAGUCUCUUAUCCAAGAGAACAACAUGGCUUCAUCUCAGAGGGGUUACUUAUUAACUUCUUCGAUUUCCAAAGAUUCCAUACUAGUCUUUUUUUUUUUUUUUUUAUCUCAGAUUUUCUAGUGUGCAUAGCGCAAACUUUGUUUAUUUCAGGUCUUACAGAUACUGUAUAUCAUAAAUGUAACUUUUCUAUUUUUAUCCGAUUGAAGCUGGAAGCUGCGAAUCAGUCAGGGUAAAAUGCAUCUUAUGCCUUACUGUAAUUAAUGGUGUUUUUGGCCCCUAGAUUUUUAAAAAAGAACCCAGUGAGGCACCAGGUGAGAGGAGCACACAAAAUUAUUGUUUCCAUGCAUCCUUGUGAAAUGCACCAAAUUUUAAAUCGAGGUUGUGAUUGUAUCACAUGCAUAGAGCCACACUGAACUGUUCAAGCAUUCCAGGUAGAUUUUAGCAAGAUUUAAGAUAAUGAUCUUUUCUAUUUCUGUAAAGGACUUUACUCCUAUAAUUUCUGUCUGUGGAUUUGCCUAGCUUACAUAUUUCAUGGUGAAAUAAUUUAACAACACUAUCCUAAUAUUGAACAGCAUUAAAGUUUGAAUGUUACAAAUAUUUGUAUGUGCUGAACAAGCUAUAUACUCCAAAUAUGUCACAUACUGUAUAUGCGUUGAGCAAAUGUCUUCAUGUUUUAAAAUUAAAUGAAAUGUUAAUGUGAGGUCACAAUUACUCAAGAUGAAAUUGCUGUUGUGAACACCUAGUCUUAUUCUUUGAGACACACUGAGAUAUAUAUAUAUUUUUUGGAAACGCAUCUAUAUAACUAUAAUGUUAUGAAAUAUCCUAUAUCAUAACAAACAGUCUGUAAGCGCCGCCUGUUAUAUAUAUAUUUUUUUUCUUAGGGGACAUAAUAAAUGGUUUACUUAAUCA